AGCGGAAGCGGGUGUUCGGGGUGCGGAAGCGCCUGGUGGAGGCCGCGGUUUCGGUUCUGUGGGCGGCGGGGGGAGGAGGAGGGGAGUUCCACCACCGGCAGCCGCGGGCCUACGCUCUCUUCUCCGGUCUCCUUCCCACCCCGCUCCACCGCUCCGCUAUGGCGGGCACCAACAGCAACCUGCAGAAAGCAAUAGACCUUGCUAGCAAAGCAGCACAAGAAGAUAAAGCAGGAAACUAUGAGGAAGCCUUCCGCUUGUACCAACAUGCUGUGCAGUAUUUUCUCCAUGUUGUUAAAUAUGAAGCACAGGGUGAUAAAGCAAAACAGAGCAUUAGAAUGAAAUGUACAGAAUACUUGGACAGAGCAGAAAAGCUGAAAGAAUAUCUGAAAAAGAGAGAAAAAACUGCACCAAAACCAGUUAAAGAGUCUGGUCCUACUGAUGGAAAAGGGAAUGACAGUGAUGGGGAAGGGGAGUCAGAGAAUCCUGAAAAAAAGAAGCUACAGAAUCAACUUCAAGGAGCAAUUGUUAUUGAGCGACCAAAUGUCAAAUGGAGUGAUGUUGCUGGCCUUGAAGGUGCCAAAGAAGCACUUAAAGAAGCAGUGAUCUUGCCCAUUAAAUUUCCACACCUGUUUACAGGAAAGAGAACACCCUGGAGAGGGAUUCUCCUGUUUGGACCACCAGGAACAGGAAAGUCUUAUUUAGCAAAAGCUGUGGCGACAGAAGCAAACAACUCCACCUUCUUCUCAGUAUCUUCCUCUGACCUUGUCUCAAAGUGGUUAGGUGAAAGUGAAAAAUUAGUGAAAAACUUGUUCCAGCUUGCCAGAGAAAACAAACCUUCUAUUAUCUUCAUUGAUGAGAUAGAUUCCCUCUGCGGGUCAAGAAGUGAAAAUGAAAGUGAGGCUGCUAGACGGAUAAAAACAGAAUUUCUAGUCCAGAUGCAAGGGGUUGGUGUUGACAAUGAAGGAAUCUUGGUCUUAGGAGCGACAAACAUACCCUGGGUUUUGGAUUCUGCUAUCAGGAGAAGGUUUGAGAAGCGUAUCUAUAUUCCUUUACCUGAAGACCAUGCCAGGGCUGCAAUGUUCAAACUUCACCUUGGGUCAACUCCGAAUCUCCUAACGGAAUCAGAUUAUCGAGAGCUUGGAAAGAAAACUGAUGGCUAUUCUGGUGCAGAUAUAAGCAUCAUUGUACGUGAUGCACUGAUGCAGCCUGUUAGAAAAGUGCAAUCAGCUACUCACUUUAAAAAAGUAAAAGGACCAUCAGUGUCUAAUCCAAAUACAAUGGUAGAUUUGUUCACCCCUUGCUCUCCAGGUGAUCCUGAAGCCAUAGAAAUGACAUGGAUGGAGGUACCAGGUGAUAAAUUACUGGAGCCUCAAGUUUCCAUGGCCGAUAUGCUCAGGUCGCUAGCUAGCACAAAACCAACAGUUAAUGAACAGGACCUGGAGAAGUUAAAGAAGUUUACAGAAGACUUUGGUCAGGAAGGCUAAACCAAAGAUACAUGUCAAGCAUUAGAACUUUUUUGCUUUCUUAAGUAUUCUUGUGUCUUUAUUGAUGGCACUUCAAAUAAAUGCCAAUAAAAUCACUCUUUUCUUACUUUGCAGAAGGAAUAGAAGAUACCUUUGCAAAGACCCCUAAGCUUUUGUAUUGUAUUGUUUUCCUCAGAUGUCUAUUAAAUGUCUUCUAUUGAAAAAUAAUAUGAAAAUACAAUUUUAGGGUGAGACAGCAAAGUGAUGUGGUAAUGUCUAUUAAAUACUAGAAAAUUUUAAACUAUUAGCUCAAUUUUAGGUAUUGGUACAAGUGAGUUUUAAACUCCCAGUAGGCUCAAAAAACCCUUUUUUGAGGGGUGGAAGAGAACAUAUUUGUCGGGUGUUUUCAGUAUCAGUCAAUCAGCCUACAUAUUAAUUGCUCUCAUUUCAUUUAGGAAAAUGCAACAAAAUUUGCUAAUCAAGCAUAUUGCAAGUGUGGGUUAGCUAUUAAAGUAAGAAAGAAAACACUGUGAGGAUAAGACUACAUGGGCCAGUACUUUGUUUAAAUAUUGAUGGAACUGGUAUUUGGCUUUUUCUGCUAUGCUGUGUUAAAAUUUUGCCUUAAACAGCAAGCUUUUGUUUUUAACUCUACUAGCUGAUACACACUGUCACUAUGCAAUUUAGCAAAAGUUUGUUAAAUGGAAGUAUCUCAGAAGGUGUUUUGCUGGCUGUUCUUGUGCGUUUGUUUGUUGGUUUUUUUUCCAAUGUGGAUUUACUUUCUGCAGGAGUUUGACUGAAGUUAGAAAAAAGCAUUAGUAAUAUCCUGUAAGAUUCCACAUGUCAAGGCUGGCAAGGUAUAGGUAGUCUUUGGUGAAUGUAUUGGGUGUAUUUUGUGAAACAGCAUACUUUCACAUGCAAGGAGAGUAUAACGGAUGUUUUAGCCACAGACUUUCCAGUGAUAAAUUAACUCAGAACCCUACUGAUAACUAUUGCAUAUAGGCUACAUCAGUUUAGUGCUUAAACUUUGAGAUAAGGCUGGCACUUUAGUACAGAAGUAGCACUUCCAUUGAUCUUUUUCUGAAGAGCUGUAAGUUGAGAUGUGCCUGAAUGUAACUUACAACACUACAGUGUCAGCACUGAGUUUGUGCCUUGUAAGUUUGCACUGGCUGUAGAUACAAAACAUCAUUAGGAUACCUAGAAUACUCCAUGUUCCAUUAUCAUUGUACAACUCUAUCCUGCAUAUGCUUUGUUUAUCUUGCAUUAAAAGAAAUUUGCACAUUGUGUGUAUGUUAUAUGUACAUAUACACAUAUAUGAUCAUCUUUUGAUGGGGUUUGGUUUCCUUUGUGUACAUAUUUUGUGUACUUUAUAAAUCAUAGGAUGGGGUGAAAUUUGCUGUACUUAAAUGAAGUAAAAUAUUAUAGUACAUCAGCUAUGUUCUUUGAGUAUUUCCUCAAUGUUAUGUUCAAGUAUUUAGCUUGAUUUUUUUUUUUUUUUUUUUAGUCCUUGGUUUCUAUGUUUAACAGCUAAACAAAAUACUUAGUUAAAAAUUCUUUGAUCUGCAAGGUGCUGAGCUUUUGUUUACUAACAUGAUGAAACAUUCUUUCCAAAAUCAUUAUUACACACAGCUUUACCUUUGUCUUACAUUGGAACAUGUAAAUGUGAAUCGGUGGACUGCAAAUCUUUUUGUGGACCUUUGUGGGGGCAGGGGGGACGACAGGAAUUCCGGUGUAGGUGCAGGCAACCAUGGUUAGUAAACUUAAUCCUCAUUGCAGCAGGAUUGCUUUUUUGUCAUUGCCUCUUGUGAACACUUUAGAAGUGAGCCACAUACUGGCAGGGCUCUCACUCAGAGGUUUGAAGCUACUAUCUGAAGUACUUGUCUCUUGACCUUUUUUUAAAAUGAGAGUCCUUACUGCAAUCUUAAAAUUCUCAGGAACUUUUGGUUUUUUUGUGGUAGGCUGAUUUGUCCUAUGGGUUUCCAUAAGCUUAACUGUGUAAUCUCUUAUCUUUAAUGUAGAAGAAAACUAUACUGUAUGUUUUAAAUUUACAUCUUGCUGCUUGCUCAGUUGUGGGAUGACAUCUGUAACAGAAGCAUUAAUGUUUGAUGUUUAAAGUUGUUUUUAGAAAUAUAUUCCAAAUAAACAUUGCUGCCUAGAAUUGCAGCUACAAGGA